GGGGGGGGGGGAGACCGCAGAUGUUCGCAACGAUGUUCGCCACCCGCGAGGAUGUGGACGCCGCUCUUCGCGCCGAGCGCCCGCCCGACAAGAUGCCGGACCUUCCUCACUGCCUCGCCGGCGACCUCCGAGUGCCGAAAACGUUGAAGGAGGCCAUGCGGUCUCAGCAUUCAGAGUUGUUGGAUGAUGCAGUCGGUCGAGAAUUUUUCGAGAACGCGAUCAAUGCCAAGUGGGUCUUCAACUGUAAGGCAGACGAGUACGGAUGGCCGACGAAAUUCAAGGCAAGCCUUUUAGCGCGGGGGGACAUGCAGAGGGCUCCGAUCGAUUUUGGAGAAUUGUGUGCAUCCACCGUAUCAGUGUCCAGUGUGCGCUUGUUGGCAGCAUUAGCAUGCGAGCAGAAUCUUGACUUGUGCCAUUUCGAUAUUCAGCAGGCUUUCGUACAGUCUGAGCUUGAUGAGGAUGUUUUCAUGCGCUUACCGCAGGGGUUGAUCGAUAAUUCGGUGGCUCAGUUCUUUGUGUUGGGAGUGUAGAGCAGCUGGGCCAUGACGGGCCGUGGUAGG